GGACUUUUGCCACUGGAGUGGCCUGAUUGUUUAGUGAAGAACUCUGUGAGAGCUCAGACAGUUUUACAUGCAGCUGGACAACAUUUAACAUUGAUCUGAAACUGAGAAGGAUUUUUAACUGGACUUUUUUACAUGCUGUGGGAAUUGUUAAAUCAAGGAAGAUUGUUUAAAGUACCUACAUUGAUGAUGAAACAUUCUGCCUGGAGGCAGAUGACCGGCUUUUGGGCAGGUUUCUUGCUUAUUUUAUGUACCAGUAUGGAUCUCAACCAAGCUCUGAAACAUCCUUCCAUGCAUGGCAGGGUGCUUCAAAGACAGAAGAGAGCGUUUAAAUGGGAUAAAUUGUAUGUGUUUGAGGAAAUGGAUCCAAAAAUUCUACCUGAAAAAAUUGGAAAGCUAGAAAAUACAUUGUAUGGUAAGCACACACGAUAUAUCAUGACAGGGGAAGGUGCCAAUGAAAUUUUUAUUGUGAAUGAUGCGGGAGAUAUAUUUGUCAAUGCAAAGCUGGACCGAGAAAAGCAGAAAUCCUACAAACUCUCAGCUUCACUCAUUGACAUUAAUACCGGAACACUGAUUGAAAAAGAAUUUUUAGAAAUUACGGUGCUUGAUAUCAACGACAAUACACCUGUUUUUCCACCUGACCUCUCUGGAUCCAUCAAUGAAUCGUCUAAAGCAGGAACCAAAGUAAUGACUGUAAAAGCAACUGAUGCAGAUGAUCCAACCACUCCAAAUGGACAGAUUGAAUACAAACUUUUGAAUGGAACAGACCUCUUCCAAAUCAACAGUGAAGGUGUCAUCAGCACCUUAAAAAGCACAUUUGACCAAGAAAAACAGAAUCAAUAUCUGAUAGAAGUACAAGCCAAUGAUAUGCCAGGAUCAAGGGCAGGAAAUACUGCUACAACCAUAGUGACCAUCAACAUUGGGCCUACUGAUGUGAGAGCCCAAGUCAUCAUCAAUGUAAUUGAUGUUGACGAACCACCCGUUUUCAACCAAACAGAAUACAAGUUCUGCAUUUAUGAGGGCCCUUUCAAUAAUCCAGUCAUUGGAGGUGUCUCAGCAAGGGAUCCAGAUAAAAUUGGUCACAAAAUACGGUACUCUAUUGAAGACCCAGACUGUCCUGUAAGUGUGGAUCCCGUUCAAGGGCAUCUUUCUUUAAAAAGACAACUGGAUAGAGAGCAGGACUCCUCUUACACAUUUCAAGUUAUAGCACAAGAAGAUAUGCCAAACGGUCAAAAAUCCUACGCAAUGGUUAAUCUGAAAGUUCUUGACAUUAAUGACAACGCACCUAAACUUACGAACAUGAGCUACGCGUAUGUUUGUGAGAGUGACACACCACCCAGUCAGCAAACAAAUCUGACCCCGACUUGGCAUUCGUCUGGCACAGCUGGCAUUCAUGUGGCACUGGCAUACAGCAUGUGGGUUCCGGGUUUGGCAGGGAUGGCACUGGGUUAAAGACGGCACCCAAGACAUGGGGCAGAUGUCAAAUGGAGUAUUUGGCCCUGAUGUCAAAUAUAGAUAUGUGGGCCACAUAAGUAUUGCCGAUCUUGACCUACUUUUAUUUUUUUUUAAUUAAAAUUCCAGAUAUUUUCAUUGUCUUGUUUACAUCCUGGGUCUAAUCUAGUGUCUGCAAGUUAAUCAAGGCAACAAUACAUAUUUAAUUAUCUAAAUUAUGAAAAUCAACUGUAAUUGAUUAAUAUAACUUUACAUUUUCCACUGUGAUUUUUAUGAGAUAUAUAAUUAAAUUCUUCAUUCAAUGUUAUAUCUAAUCCUAACAGAUCAAAAUUAAACCAUUAGACAUAAUUUAACACCACAUAUUACUUAAUUACACUCGUAUCAGAUUAACUAUGAAAUGAAUUCAUUAGUUUUGUUGCUGUUGCACAUUUCUACGUAACUCUAUGGUUACUCUGUUACCAGUUGGUUAAUAUAUAUUAAGAUGAUGACAAAUUGAAUAUAUAUGUGAUUGAAAGAUUAAAGAUUUUCCAGAAACGCAUAAAGCUUCCGCAUGAAUCAGCAUCUGUUAGCUCGACUCACACCUGUCAGGAUUUCAAAAAAAUGCUUAAUGCGAUAUGCAAAAUUGGCCUAUCAGAGCAAAGAUGGCCAAAAGCUGGCAUUUGUUGUGCUUCAUGGGAUUAUAGUUUUAGUUGGCUGUAACACACAGUCUCGUAGUUUUGUAUUUUGACAAGUUUUCAAAUAUUUUUUAUUUCAGAUUGAAUAUUGUAUAUGUUGUAAUUUAAGUUGUAGCGGGUUGUUAUGAUUAAUGGCUUAUAACGCUUUAAAGCAACAAAUAUCUAAUGAGGAAAAGUGAAUGGAAAUACUCCCAGAACCAGUAUGUCGGAAAAAGUGGGCGGGCGCUGCAGUCUUCACAGAUUUUGAAAUGUGAGAUGUGAUUGAAACGGUCACUUUGCACCAAACUGGGAAAAAGCCAGCAGAGUUGGAAAGUGAACACAUGUUUUAUUAAAGUUUACUUAAGUUUUUAUAUGGAUUUAAUGAUUGAUUGAUGUUUGCACGUACUAUUGGAAUGAUCGUUAAUUGUUUUAUUCAAUAUGUUGUAUGUACAAUAAACUAACAUGUCCAAAAAAGUCA